AUGGCAGUUUCUUCCCGGCUAGAGGUGCCUGGUCGCCCUAGCAACCAAGUCGCAGUCUGCGCUGAGCUACUGUUUCCUUCCCUCCAGGCCACAGAGCUGGCGGCCCAGGGGGAAUCGCAGAGUCCAGAAAAUCUCUCCAGCACCCCUUUGUCAACUCCAGAAGUAUUUAAGAUAAACUUUAUAUUUCCAAAUGGAGACAAGUAUGAUGGGGAUUGUACAAGAACAUCUUCUGGAAUAUUUGAGAGAAAUGGCAUAGGUAUUCAUACCACUCCUAAUGGGAUUGUCUACACAGGAAGCUGGAAAGAUGACAAGAUGAAUGGUUUGGGAAGACUUGAGCAUUUUUCAGGAGCAGUAUAUGAAGGAAACUUUAAGGACAAUAUGUUUCAUGGACUGGGGACUUAUACAUUCCCAACUGGGGCAAAGUACACUGGAAAUUUCAAUGAAAAUAGGGUGGAAGGUGAAGGACAAUACACUGAUAUCCACGGACUAGAAUGGUGCGGUAACUUUCAUUUCACAGCUGCUCCAGGCCUGAGGCUAAAGCUCCACAUGUAGAUAUUCUGCAUUGAAGUUUUAAUGUGGUAAUUGCAGCUUUUAGUUGUAAGGAAAACAGCUAAAUGUCAUCUGCAGUAACUUCAUACACUACCUAUAUAUUGUAAUUUUGCCAAUAAAACCAUCACUCAUUUA